AUGCCUCUGCGGUGCCUGCGAAAUAAUAGUAUGGUUUCUGUUGAUAAGGAUCAUCUAAUGUUUUCUAGAAAUAUUAAGAGUAUUACACUUACCUUCCCCCCGACCGUCCCUGUUGCUUCUGAAGCCCCGUCCCUUAGCCUGACCCCCCCACUAACGCCCCCCCCUUCCGCAGGUGACGUGAUGACGGGCGUGUGCUUCGUGGGCCUGUGGAACGUGCGGGCGCUGCAGGGCUUCGUGCUGGCGCCGCUGUUCUUCUACCUGGUGCUGGGCACGGCCUUCCUGCUUACGGGCUUCGUGUCGCUGUUCCGCAUCCGCACCAUCAUGAAGCACGACGGCACCAAGACGGACAAGCUGGAGCGCUUCAUGGUGCGCAUCGGCGUGUUCUCGGUGCUGUACACGGUGCCGGCGACCGUGCUGGUGGCGUGCCUGUUCUACGAGCAGGCGCGCCACGACGAAUGGAUGGUGGCGUGGCAGCGCGAGAAGUGCGCGUCGCGCGAGGAGCCGUGGGUCACCUACAACAUCAACUGCCCGCCCGGCGUCGACAGGGACACGCCGCUGGCCAAGCCCGACUUCAUCUUCUUCAUGGUCAAGUACCUGAGCACGCUGGUGGUGGGCAUCACGUCGGGCUUCUGGGUGUGGUCGGGCAAGACGCUCGCCGUCUGGAAGAACUGCUACAACCGCUGCCUCGGCCGCCGCACCGAGAGCUACGUGUGACAAUCCGCCCCCGCCUGGCCCAAGCACGCCAGCCACGCCCACCACGCCGCCCACGCCCACCAUCCCCUCGCCCAAGGGGGAGCUUCGGCGCCCCUCACGCCCCAGCCGCCGCCCUCCACCACCAACACCAACGCCGGCACCGCCGCCACCACUGCCACCGUGGUCACUAGGCUCCUGCCGGACGAGGCGGGCCAGUUCCGGCCGACGCACACGCCCGAGGAGACUAACUUCUGAGGGCGGCGCCGGCGGAGGGCGGCCGAGGAGGAGGCCGAGGGCGAGCAGGAGGAGGAGGAGGAGGAGGAGGGUCGUGGCUGCGAGACAAGAGACGCUCAACAGCCUCGUCGCACGCUUCGUACUUUAAGGAAUAGAAACCCAGAGAUCUAUAUUAUGAUGAAUGUUAGAUUUAUUGUACAUCAGAGAAUUCUGUUACAUAAAAAGAGAUUAAGGAAAUUCUAUCACGCCACAUGAUGAAUGUGCUCAGGUUCAUUUUUAUAUAAGUGUGCGAUUCGGGCUCGAGGCCUCGGAGGAGCGUGAGCCUGCGUCUGCGGCAGGAAAGACGAUAUUUUGCAAAGCCAGGGACUCUGGCCAGGGAGUUAUUUUUGCAUAAAGCCAGGCGGGAGAGACGGAGACGGAAGGAGGCCCGGGGACAGCUCGGCCGCUUCCCCUUCCGUCUGCUUUACACCAUAAGAUUUAAAGAGGAAGUCCUCUAUUUUACGAGGAUGCUUGUAUAUGUUAAUUUGUUUCUCCUUAGUUGAGGGUGCAUCUUGAGGUGCGCUUGUGCUCUCGGCGAGGGUGGCAGCACAUCCUCGCAGUUCACACAUACAUGUGCUGUGUCUGUAUGUCGUUAUAUAUAUAUAUACAUAUAUAUAUAUAUAUAUAUAUAUAUAUAUAUAUAUAUAUAUAUAUAUAUAUAUAUAUAUAUAUAUAUAUAUAUAUACAUAUAUACAUAUCUACAUAUAUACAUAUACAUAUAUAUAUGUAUAUAUGUACACACACACACACACACACACACACACACACACACACACACACACACACACACACACACACACACACACACACACACACACACACACACACACGUACAAACAAACGUAUACACUACACACAUACACCCUUAUAUGUGUAUGUAUAUAUACACUUUAUUGUCACCCAAGAUUGUAAAUGUAAGGAGGGACUCUCAGCCUUAAGGAUAGGUGCUCAUAAGGGUGAGAUUCCAUUCCUAUGCAUGGGCUCUCUUUCUCUCAAGUAAUUGAAGUCAAAAGGUAGUUAGUUACUCCCCCAACCCUCCCACCAUACCCCCCCCCCCUUGUGUCUGUGAGAUGUUGAUUAGGCUCUUGGGAAUCAACACAGUGUAGGUGUUAAUUGACUGUGUGUAGUUUUCUCCCCCACGAAGAGUUUUCCCUUCUUUUCUUUCUUCCUCCUCGACUCUUGUUGUCAGUUCCCAAGAUGGGGGAAGGGGAAGAAGAAAGUGUCAUGUCACAGCAGUCAAGACGGUGCUCCUGGCGAGGGGAGGAGAGAGAGAGGCUCCCGACGUCCUGUGUUUUUUCUUUUUCUUCUUCUUUCGUUUCAUGAACUUCCUUUGAGAGGUGUCAGUGCCUCCGUAAUGACCCCCUUCUUAAGAGCACAAGACGGAGAUCUGAGGAAGGCCAGCUCUUGAGGUUGGCUUGAUCUCGCGAGCUGGACCGAGAGGGGUUCACGGAGGGCUCUCGCCCGCGGUGGGCUGUCUGGUGACGCUGGCGCAGAAAGAAUCAUAUACAGACAUAUAAUCAUGCUCAUAGUAUAUACUACGUGCACACACACACACACACACACACACACACACACACACACACACACACACACACACACACACACACACACACACACACACACACACACACACACACACACACACACACGUGUCCUCCUACCUACUGCAGAAUUACACACACACUAGUACAUUCUCAGUUCUUCCAUGUCCUCUUCUGCCCAUCUUUGUCACAUGUACAGACAGUGCCAGUACAGAGCCAAGGCCUAGAGCCAGAAGUACCUCUCUAGACCUUGUAGAGGAAACUACCCACCUUAUGGCACCUGCGACCUCUCAUUAAAGCAUGUAGAUGGAGCAAGGUCUUCAUGAAACAUUCUGUUAAAUUCAUGACUUUUUUUUCAAGUCUCCACAUAGCUCAGUCGUGUUGCUUUUAUGUACAUAUGUUAAGUAACUAUAAGUCUCCUUAAGUUCUUUUUUAUGUUCUUUUGUUAUUAAUUAAUGGAUUAAUACUCCUGAAUCAAAAUGUUCAACCUCCUUGUAUGUAAAAAGGAUAAAGAAGAAAAAAAAAUCAAACAUUGAUUGAUAAUCUCUCUGCUUUUGUUUGAGGUCAUGUUUUGGUGUUGUGUUAGGGUGAGUGUUAGCUUUAUGUUGCAGGUGACAAGUUGAGGUGGAUUGCAGUCCACACAUGUUGCAAGAGACCAUCAGAAUGUGUGUGUUCUAUCAUUAUUUGUUGGUAUUUGUAUGCAAGAGAUGGAUAAUUUUGAUAAUCAUGAUUGUUGUAUUGUGCGCAUGCUAAAGCGUUUUUUAUGUAAAAUAGUUAUAAGUUAAAGAGACUCGGAUAUUGUAUUGUGUAUAUGCUCUACAAAUUCUAUAUUCCACAUCGUUGUUUUGUAGCAUGUGUCCUUGUUACCGAGAGGUGUAUAUAUGCAAGUGUGUGUCUUUGUGUGCUUGGAGAGAGAUUUAGCGCUUAAGUUGUUCUUAUGUUUUUUUUUUCUAAGCUGAGAAGAU